UAAAGUCACGUGACCCUAGAAUCGGCUGGAUAAAGAGGCAAUCAUGGCAGAAAGCAGGCAAGCCAAACUCGCCCGACAUGGACGGAUGUUUCUCCGGAUUGGCGCAGUUUCUGGAUUUGCAGCAGUGGUAUUAGGAGGAUACGGUGCUCAUGUUCUGAAGACAAGGACAGGGGUAGAACAUGAGAUAACAACAUUUGAUUCAGCCAACAAAUAUCAUCUGAUCCAUUCCUUGGCUUUGCUGGCUGUUCCACACACCAGAAAACCACUUUUGACUGGAAGCUUGAUGACCGCAGGUAUUAUAGGAUUCUGUGGGACCGGCUACUAUUACUCGAUGACCAGUGACGCCACACCGGUCAAGCUCAUGCCAAUAGGUGGACUUCUUCUCAUGGCUGCAUGGUUAGCCAUGGCCUUAUAAAAGUGCAGUUUAGAAUCAUUUUUAUACCUCCCAAUUAUUCAUGCAUUCAUAUUUUAUGAUCCAAAGACCUUGAUAGAAAAUACAUUUUUUAUCUAAAACAAGGAGCAGUCUGGAAUUGUGAUGUAUUCUGAAUGUGCCUACUGGUAAUUCUUAUGUAAUUGAUAUUUCAAUGCCCCUUGUGAAAAUGCUUGAAUAAAAUUCCUUGCACAUUAUGGAAUGAAGAUGUGUUUAAAAUUGUUCCAUAAAUGCCCUCACUUUUUAAUCUAUUUACUGUUUCACGCUCCUAAGUUCAUGAACAAACAAAAUUCUAAUCAAAAA